AUGGCAGACCCGAGUCUGAGCGAGACAGUUGCGCGUCUCUCUUCCGACAAGCAAAAGGACCGUACAGAUGCCUUGAAUGAUCUGCGACGAAUCUUGAAUAAGAAGAGACAGAAUCUAAGUGAGACCCUGAACGACAAGGCAUAUCAUAGGAUUUAUGAGGCUCUCUUUCGGUGCGUUGCUAUCGAGAAAUCAGCCUAUAGUCGUUUGAACAAAUCAAGCGCCAGGAAUGCUUCGGCACCACGUCUUCCAUUAUGUGCUUCGGCGUUUCGAGCUACUGUGGAAGUAUCCGUCGCUGUCUUGCGAACGAAAACAGUACAUGCGAUAAUCGACCAUAUCGUCCAAACUUUAACUCAACCAGGUGACGGACUCUGGAAUCUACUUGGGAUUGACUACAUCAAAGGCCUUAGACUGUUACUUGAAUAUCCGGCACACGUGGAGCAUCUUACAGAAAGUGACUGGGUUGAUGUAACUUCCUUUUGCCUUUCAUGCCUGAGCUCCAAUGGCGACGAAGCGACGCAGCUCAGCAUCCGGACCAGCUAUCGGUCCUUAUCUCAGGGGUUAGUAGAUGAAGAGGGAGGCCAAAGGACGCCUAGUCGAACGACAUCUGGUCGAGAUGCCCUAUCGUCUAGCUCGCAAGUAAACAGGAGCAUAGCCGACGAAGCUGUAAUCUGCAUUCAAUUACUUACCGCUACCCCCGCUGCUCCUCUGCAGGAGCGUGUUAGACCACUUAUGAGCGAACUCUUGGUAUACCUCUCUUCUGCGAUGCCCGCAAAUGCGAACCAAGCUUUGAAGGCCAUCAAUAACCUCCUCGAGAGAGUGAUAUGUGAUCAAUGCGCUCUAGUCAAAGAUUUUAUUCCAGAUAUCAUACCUAUUAUUCGGCGUGUCUGGUUAACAAAAUCGUCAGCCGUGAAAGAUGAAGCCCUGGUCACGAUGUUACUGUGCAUGGAUCUCCUGCGCAGUAACCCACAAUCGUUGUUCUCUCAGGCUUCACUUCAGCCUCUUGAAGAUCUCCUAGAGACUCUAGAAAAUGAAUAUACCAAACGUCCAGAAAAAGAGCAAAUACAGAUUGAUGAUCUAGUCUUUUACCAAAAUGAUAUUAGUUUCCAGCACUUGUAUCUUUUUGGACCUCGUCUCGGUAGCUCUAGGUCGGAGCACAACUGGACUUUGAUAUGGACGAUUUCAUCACUCAUUGGUAUCCUGGAUAAGGCAUCAGAUCAUAUGUCUAAUUCCGCAGAAAAUGAGCUUGGCCCAAACAAAAGACCUCGUUUGUCAUCACGUACAGAUGAUGUCUCGCGGGAGUGCGUCACGUCGACUGGGCCUAGAAAAGGAUACUGUUUGCAGUUACUAUCAUUUUUGGUAGGGCGAAUGUCUGUUGAAGAUAAAGCUUCCCGUUUAAGUCGCCUGGCCGCCGGCAUUGUUGAUGACAACCCGUCCACGUCAAACUGGACCUUAUUAGCUAUAUGCAAUAUCGCUGUUUCUGAUUCGUCGAAGUCUCCACUACUGAAACCAUAUUGGAGACAAAUAUGGGACCUGGCAUUUCGCGCAUCUGCCUUUCAAGUGAACACGCGGGCGGCGUGCGCGCUGAUGGAGAUUAUAUUACGCUUGGAGCUCGUCGAAUCUACAGAUUUAACAGACAACAUACGUUCGAUGCUAUCGAGCAUGGAUCUUAAUGGGCCCUCAGCUUUGUGUGACACUUCUUUGAGGCUUUUAACCACAUUAUUUGACAAACGACUACAUACAGCAGCCGGCCUUGGCGUAGAUUCUGUGAAAAGUAUCUGCAAUUGGCUGCGAAGUUCGUGGACCUUCGGCGCCGGAGUAGAUAAACUCCAAAUGGCACAGGUCGCCUUAUUUGCUUCCCCAGCCAACUUCCUCGGUCUCCUACUAACCCUUACGAACAGGCCGGCACCUCUUCGCCAUGCAGAGUAUCAGGGUACAACAGCCACUAUCUCCAGCACUUGGUUUCGUCACCGCGAGAAAAGCUCGCUUAAGGAGUACCUCUUCUCAUUUGACAGCGAAAUUCCACAGGACCUUUGGUGCGUUGAGGAGACAUUUCCAUCUGUAGAAUCUUCGAUCAGAAACGACCCAAAUGAUCAUGUCGUGUUAGAAUUACUCCAGACAAGGGUGGACACUUUCUCACAAGCGUGGAAGAUAAUGUCUGAGGAGAAAUCACAACACAUUACAGCAGAUGUAUUCAAGAUCAUGGUCUCUGCAUGCAUUGUUGUUGCAUUGUUCAUUGAGUCUCUUCCUCAGCCCGAUAAUAAUCGCGCCGCAGACCUACGAAGAACCAAUCUCGGCUUUUGGACGGACAUCUGUGACUACAUCGCUUCGAGGGAUGAUCUGACGCAAGGAUGUUUGAGCAUUCUGUCGCCUGUGGUUGCAUCUGCCCCCUGUAUACCGAAUAAUGCAAUUCCUAUCUCUAGGGCUCUAUUUGGUUUGGCAUCCCCUCUUGUUGUCAACCUGAAAAGCCGCGAAUCCACUCAGAAUGGCGAUUUCCUAAAUGACCCUGAUGCGAUGGAUUUUGACGGAAUUCCUUCACCUCCGCAGGGUGAACUAGCACGAGAUAUGAUCCUACGAAACAACCGGCAUAAUGUCAAUGCAUUUCCAGAGAUAAACACCUUCCAACGCUGUCUAUCAACACGACUAUAUAUUUUCCUUUCUGGCAAUGAAGCGUCCGGUGCCGACCCGUCGACUCAAUCCUCGCUUGUAAACUCCUUGAAAGCCUUGGAUGAUGUGGAUGUCUUGUCAACCCGGAAUUUCCUUCCCCAUCUUUUUCAACAGUCUGACCGGUUCUCCCGUAAUGAUAUUCUGGAUAUUGUGGAGCAUUUUGGAGAAAUAUGCUUGCAGCGCUAUCAAUUAGAGAGAUGUGAAAGCGCGCAAUGUUUCUCUAUCUCUAUGAUGAAAUGUUUUGUUGACUCAUGGACUAGCAAUGAAGACGACGAUCUCAGUGUCUCUGCCGCUGACUUGUACGGUUGGUUUAUACAGGUCUUUCUGAACAAGAAAAAAGGAUCAUCUGGUGUUCUGAUCGCUCUUUCUCGGCUUUUGGAGCAAAUAAUCAACCUGAAUCCUACUUUUAGCGUGGAUGGUUCUGGUCCGUCACCGCGGACAAGCUUAUUCAGUAUUCUUCGUGAUGGUGACACGGUAGUGAAAUUUGCAAUUGCAAGCUGUAUCACAAAUAUCUUCAGUCGCUUCCUGCUUAAAGAUCACGAAAAGAUUUUUGAUGAUGUUGUGGAGAGCUUGCCAACUGACCCGGACUGGAAUGAAGGCAUCGCCUUACGGCUGUACAUACUUGGGCAAUUAGCAUCUCGAUGGCCAACUCUUCUUCGUCGAAGUAUUUACCAUAUCUUUGAGACUCCCGCUCAAGUGCCCGAAUCGACUCGAUAUGCCGAGAAGUGUCUAUUAGAAGUAUCAUGCUCGUUGCGACUACAAGAACCCAAGGACAUUUUUCGGCUGUUCAUGCCACAAAUUCUUUACACUUGGACUGAAACACAAUCUAUUAUAUCAAUGCCUUUUAGCAUCUUUCGUUACUCAAGUCUUCAAGCGAUGUUACAGGACGCACAGGAUGAGCUAGUUGGGCAGAUCAUGAUGAGAGCCAGUGACCAGGAUGCUAAUGAGAUAGCUACCUAUCUCGGAAAGCCAUUCAAUGAGUUAUUACGUGAAUCGUUUUACAAGGCUGAAGCAUACACUGUGGCACGCGAUAUCAGUCUACCACCAUCUCAGGACAGUCAACCUAAGGGAGUGGAAAGUCGAGUGAAGAAGACCUUGGGUACGGAUCAAUUCGCACAAUCAAUCGAGAACAAAUUUCCCGAAGUUGUUAGCGCUCUCUUUAGAUCUCUUUCCCAGGAAGAACAAAUCGAGCGGGCAUUUGCGAAGCGGCCUAAGUUUAGGUAUGCUUCUAAGAUUCUGAAUCGCAUUACAGAGAAGAGCUCCUCCACUACUAUUCUUCCGGGCAACCAACAGCCAUCAUUUAGAGCUCGUUAUCUGCUUGACCAGCUUGAGUAUCUUUGCAAACGAGCUGGUUAUGACCUCGAAACUAUGUGGACACCAGCAUUAGUGUCAUUCGUAUGUCGAACACUUCUUGACUCUAUGGAUCCCGCCCUUGGCUCUUUGCAUGCUUGUGCGGUACUGAGAAAGAUUCGGAUUCUGGUCUGCAUAUCUGGGUCAGUUAUAUGCCAAGACUAUCCCUUAGAGCAGCUCUUGUAUGCACUACGGCCGUACCUGACGGACUUUCACUGUUCCGAGGACGCACUAGGUCUAUUUUGGUAUCUACUUGAAGAAGGUAAAUCAUACCUGACUCAUCAGCCAGGUUUCUUCGCAGGAAUCGCAGUGUCAACACUUGUAUCAUUGAGAAAUUUUCUUCAAUCGAGUCCAGAAAGCACUACACAGGAGAGCCAGUUCAAUGCAGUCAUAUCCAAAUCCCAGGAAUUCCGGCAGUGGUUCGGUGAAUUCUUAGAGGAUUACUGUCCAUCAGAUCUUGAUCAAUCUGCGAAAGAUUCAUUUCAUCGGAUGGUGACAUCGUCAAAGCAGAUAAACAAUACGGGAAACUCCGAGAAGGGGACACAUGAGAGCGAGCUUUUGCUUCAACUGCUUCAGGACAGAAUUUCUCGCAAUAGUAUCCUGAGUAAAUCAGUAUCUGAUCUUAUUCUUUCGCUACUUUGUGUUGACUUUCAAAUAUCUUCUGACAUAUUUAACGACAUUCUCGGCGAUGACGAUGCUUCUUCAAAGCACAAUGUUGCCGUCUGGCAGAGUAUACAUAGCGGUGUUACUGAUAAAGGCUAUCGGCUUUGGGCUGCUCGAGUGCUAGGGCGAGCAUUUGCAGCAACUGGACAAGUUAGCGAAGAAUUGCUUCGAGAGCAAAAUUUGGAGACAAUCCCGUCGCAGUCACAAGAUCUAAAACAUACAGAGCCGUUCCUUGUGUCAAAAGCUGCUAUCCUGCAGGUGCUCUGUGAAGCUCUCUCCAACAGUGACCGAGCCAAUGUAGGGCUGGUGGAACAAACUUUGCAACUUAUCAUGAGCAAAAUUGCCAGAUUUCCCAACCUUGAACAAUGUGAAAACAUAAUACCACGACCUCUCAUGAAAGCACUUAUCUGGGAACCAUAUUAUUGCCCUGAAAUUCGAGCUCGUAUCCCCGAAACCAAAAUCGACAAUAUCUGGCCGACACUGAACCCCGAGUCACCAAUAACGUCAACUCAAUGGGCAAGAGAUUUGGCAUUAGCCCUAGCGACUUCAGCUGAGGGUGACCCUGUAAUUGGGCCUCUAAAAGACGUUCUCUACGUCAUUCCGGAUUUAUCGGUGCGUCUCUUGCAGUUUGUUCUGCACGAUGUACUUAUCUUAGAGAGCGAGAAAGAUCAGGCUUGUCGAGAAAUGGUCUCGAAAAUAUUCAAUGACAUUCUCCGAUCAACCACCGAAGCAACUGUUGCCCAUGCUCAAAUUGCCUUGAAUGCAAUUUUAUAUCUUCGUCAACAGCAGAGACCACAAGAGUCGACGAUUGUGGAGCGCGAUGAGUGGUUGGAUAUUGAUUACGGCCUAGCAGCCUCCGCAGCGGUCAUAUGUAGAAUGUACAAGACGGCUCUUUUGUUCAUCGAGAUCCAAGCAUCUAGAUCUAUCAGCACUAGUCGGCGGUCCUCCAUCAAGUACUUACCACCCACGGAUCUCCUUCAUGACAUCUACAGAAGAGUCGGAGAUCCUGAUCUUUUUUACGGGAUACAGCAAGAUGCUACAUUGAAUUCAGUUUUAGAGAAGCUCGACUAUGAGUCUGUAGGCUUCAAGAACUUGAUCUUUCAAAGCGCUCAAUAUGACAGCGACUUGCGACUCGGUGGUAAGGGGAAUACGCACGGAUUAUUCAAAGCUCUUAACGCGACAAACCUGCAUGGUGUUGCUAAUGCUAUGCUUUCUGUCCCCAACAACUCAGAAGGAGCAUCUAUAGAUUCUGAACAUCUGUUGUCGACUGCUAUAAGCUUACAGCAAUGGGAUAUCCCUGCUUUGCCGUCACAAGGGUCAGCAAUGACCGUCUUAUUCAAGGCCUUCCAGAAUUUGAACACUGUGGAUACAAUGAAGGAUGUUCUGAAGUUUAAUGAUAACUGCUUUCUGGACAUUCUUGACCAAUCUCAGGACAAAAAUCGUUCCGUGACAGCGCUACGUGAUUCAAUGCGAGCUCUUGGCCUCCUAACAGAAAUAGAUGAUGUCUUGCGAUCAACGACCUCGGCACAGGUAGAGGAUCUGUGGAGUAGAAUAACGUCAAGGACGUCCUGGUUCCAAGCCGAAAAUUUUGAAGACAUUGCGCAGAUUCUAUUUAGUCGAGGAAGCUUCUUCUCUUCUAUCAACAAGAAGCCCUAUUUGAAGUCGGCACUGAAACUGACUUCGCGGGCAUCGCAGCUUCUAGAAGUCAAAGCUCUCCGAGAAUCUUUCAAGAUUAGUCGGGAAUUAGAAGGCUCGCAGGAAGCCCUGACGUCUGCGAUCUCGCUUUCAAAAUUGGUUCAACCAUGCACAGCACUUGGACUCAGUAUAGAAAAUGCAGCCAAGUAUGACAUGGCAAAUGUCCUCUGGGAUCAAGGGGAAAUGACUACAUCGAUUCGUAUGCUACAACAAUUGAACGAACGGGGCGACUUACAGAAACAGGCAUUGGUAGUCAGUCGAGCAGAAGUCCUUGCAAGUUUGGGACACCACGUCGCAGAAGCGCGCUUAGAAAAACCCGAUGCAAUCGUCCAAGAGUAUUUAGUUCCGGCAGUGAAGGAACUUCGAGGUAACGUCGAAAGUGAAGAAGCCGGCGGGGUCUUUCAUCGGUUUGCGUUGUUCUGUGACCAGCAACUUCUGAACCAAGACAGCCUCGAAGAUUUUCAACGUAUCGAGCAACUUCGUGAUCGCAAAGAGCAAGAAGUUCUUGCACUCAAACAAAUGAUGUCAGCAGCCGAGGGCAAAGAGAAGAACCAGUUGACGAUGCAUUAUACUAAGGCAAAAGGGUGGUUCGACUUGGAUGACCGCGAGUAUCAGAGACUGAAUAAUAGUCGCGAGGCUUUUUUGCAACAGUGUCUUGAGAAUUACCUGCUCUCCCUCAAAGCAUGUGACAACUAUAAGAAUGACGCUUUGAGAUUUUGUGCUCUUUGGCUAGAUAAAUCAGACGAUCCAAACGCCAAUGAGUCUGUCGGCAGAUAUCUCAGCCAAGUGCCAAGUCGAAAAUUUGCUCCGUUGAUCAAUCAAUUGUCCUCCCGUCUCUUGGAUGAGUCUGGUUCGUUUCAAACACUCCUGUCUGCACUUGUUUUCCGUAUAUGUGUUGAUCAUCCGUUCCACGGCAUGUACCAAAUAUUCGCUCACAGCAAGACACGAGGCAACAGAGAUCAGGCGGCACUAUCUCGCUUUCAAGCCGCAACUAAAGUUGUCGAUAAAUUGAUGAUAGACAAACAUGCUAGCUCAACAUGGAUGUCAUUACAUAACAACAAUAUCUGCUAUGUGAGAUUUGCCACAGAGAAAUUGGAUGACAAAAUCAAGAGCGGUGCAAAGGUGCCUCUUAGGAAGUCUCCCACUGGUUUGAAACUAGAACAAGAUGUGAGCAAUCAGAAGCUUCCGCCGCAUAGCAUGAGGAUCGAGCUCCGGGUGGAUUGCAACUAUAGCGACGUACCAAAGGUAGUCAAGUUUCAGCCUGAGUUUACCGUGGCUUCUGGUAUCAGCGCACCGAAGAUCGUGACGGUUAUUGCUAGUAAUGGAUUACGCUAUAAGAUGCUGGUGAAAGGAGGCAAUGAUGACCUGCGUCAAGACGCUAUCAUGGAACAAGUUUUCGAGCAAGUCAGCAACGUGUUACGAGAUCAUCGAUCAACCAGGCAACGCAAUCUGCAUAUUCGGACAUACAAAGUGCUACCACUUACUUCCAAUGCAGGCAUCAUUGAAUUUGUCCAAAACACCAUCCCGCUCCAUGAUUAUUUGAUGCCAGCACAUCAGAAGUAUUAUCCCAAGGACAUGAAACCCAGCGCCUGUCGUAAGCACAUCAGCGAUGUGCAGACACGAACUCUUGAUCAACGAGUCAGGAUCUACCGCCAAGUGACAGAUCAUUUCCAUCCGGUGAUGCGAUUCUUCUUCAUGGAAAAAUUCGACAACCCAGACGACUGGUUCAGCAAACGAUUAGCCUACACCCGCAGUACAGCAGCAAUCUCAAUACUAGGCCAUGUACUUGGCCUUGGUGAUCGCCAUGGACAUAACAUCCUCCUUGACGAAAAGACGGGCGAAGUCGUUCACAUUGAUCUGGGAGUAGCCUUUGAACAAGGUCGAGUCCUGCCCGUACCUGAAGUUGUUCCCUUCCGAUUGACACGCGACCUCGUCGACGGAAUGGGCAUCACCAAAACCGAGGGCGUCUUCCGUCGAUGCUGUGAAUUCACAUUGGAGGCCCUCCGCCGCGAAUCAUAUAGUAUCAUGACAAUCCUUGACGUCCUGCGUUAUGAUCCAUUAUACAUGUGGACCGUUUCCCCGCUACGAAUGAGGCGAAUGCAAGAUGAGCAGGACGUGGAAGAGCCCCCCGCAGUCCUCGCCAGCGGCGCCGAGAGGACCAAAGUAAAUAAUAGGAAUCCAAAGGAACCGAGCGAAGCAGAUAGGGCAUUGACGGUUGUCGCUAAGAAGUUGAGUAAAACACUCAGUGUAACGGCAACGGUGAAUGAACUCAUACAACAGGCUACGGAUGAGAGGAACCUGGCCGUUUUGUAUUGUGGAUGGGCUGCCUACGCAUGA